ACAACGCUGGACAUGGUGGAAACAAAGUUUCCGAAGCUACGUACCUCAGUACCUGCUUCAGAGGGCAAUCUCUGGGAACCGGAGCUUCUAAACGAGUCAUAUAAAGAGAGUGGCCCGCGCAGUCUUUGGGUAGACUACUGUAUGAACAGUACGAUCCAUGGGUUUAAGUACCUUGUAGGCAAUAAGCGGAUAACUAUUGAGAGAAUCUGGUGGAUUGUUGUGUGUCUGCUCUCACUGUACGGUUGUGGAACACUCAUACACAGUGUCUACAUAAAAUGGGACAAAGAGCCAGUCGUGGUAACGUUCGGAGAGAAGCCAGUCCCCGUGUUUACAAUUCCCUUUCCAGCCGUAACGAUCUGUCCCGAGACAAAGGUGCGCAAGAAGGAUCUCGACUUCACGACCGCUUAUCAGCUGUACAAUGAUGAGGAGUUGUGGCAAUUUAUGGCAAAAGAGCAAAUUGACAAGCUAGAGGCUCUGCUGCAGGUGUGUGACUUUUCGUUCGGCAUCGAAAUGAAUAACGAAUCGUACGCGGACGACGUGGUACCGCUCCUGCAGCGGAUGGCAAUACCGUUCGAGGAUAUGUUUUUGCUGUGCGGUUGGCGAGAGCAGGUGAUCGAUUGCAGAGACUUUUUCAAGGAAACGCUCACCGAGGCGGGAAUUUGCUACACCUUCAACUCGCUCGCUGCGGACGAUCUGAUGCGGCGCGAUCAGCUACACUCCGAGUACGAGUACAUGGCGGAGAAUCAAUCCUCCAAGCAGUGGAACAUGGACGAAGGGUACAGUAGCCGGGCCGGGGGAGACACGUACCCAAGGCGUGCCUUUGGAGCGGGAAGACGCGCUGGGUUGUUUGUCAUAACGAAGGUUCAGAUAUCGGAUAUGGACUAUAUGUGUGGGAACUCAUUCCAAGGGUUUAAGGUGCACCUACACUCACCGGUACAGUAUCCAAGGAUGGUGAACGAGUUCUUUCGCAUCCCGCUUAGCCAGGAGGUGUCCGUAUCGGUUGAACCGCUCCUGUUCGACACCACUGCCAAUGUGCGACGGUAUGAUCCAAGUCGGCGGCUCUGUUACUACAAUCACGAGCGAUACCUGCGCUAUUUCAAGGUGUACUCCAAGUACAACUGUGACAUUGAGUGUCUUUCCAACUACACGCUGAAGACUUGUGGUUGCGUGCCGUUUCCGUUGCCUCGCACGAAGGAUGAUAGGAUCUGUGGGAUGGGCAAGGCUAGCUGUGCCGAUAUGGCACUAUCCGUGUUGGAGGAGAUGGACUUGCUGCAUGAGCUGAACAAAACCGACAACUUUCUGGAGCACUGCAACUGUUUGCCGUCCUGUAAUGCACUGUUCUACAACACGGAAAUAUCGCAGGCAAUGUUCGAUUGGAGAAAGCUGGCGGAGAACAUUCAUCUCAUCGCUGGUGUGGACGACAACACGGAACUGUCCUAUCUCUCAAUAUACUUCAAAGUGUCUCGCUUUAUCCCGAUCAAGCGGAGCGAACUGUUUGGCAUCAGUGACUUUCUCGCCAAUUGCGGCGGCGUUUUGGGACUGUUUAUGGGCGUCAGCAUACUGAGCAUCGUCGAGCUCGUCUACUACUGCACACUGAAACCGCUGAUUGCACGCACCAGAUCCGGCAUCGAUCGGGCCGAAACGGCCAGGGUUGUCAAAUCGACGCUCAUUCUUCCACCGCCCGAGUACGGGCUGGCGGGCGACAUUCGUAUUCGCAAAGCCUCCACCAACAAGUGGUAAAACGAAAGCAUUCCACUCAGUUCCUGCAGUGCCGUGCUGUGUCACCGCCUGUUCGCGCUAACUGGACCGGUGUCGUCCGGCAAAAGGGCCCGAAAGAUUUAUGGCGAUGAGCUAAGAUGAAUGGCACGCUGCUUUAUCAUCUCGCUUGGCUCUCCCCCUUUUGCGAUCGCGGUCUAGGAAGUGAUCUUCAUUCCAGCCCGAAAUGAGUCCGGGGCCGAUUUAUCGAAACUUGUCGCCAUAAAUCAACCUAUUGGUUGAAUAAAUUAUAAACACCAAAAUUCACUCCUGCACCAUGGCACCUUUGUGUGUUUUUUUUUUCGGGCAAACGGAUCGCUCUUCUAAUGGACGGUGAUGGAGCCCGAUAAGUCGUCGGCUCGUUUCUGUUCCACGGGAGAAGUUUUAAAAUUUCUCCCUCUACUGGAACGUGUGUCAAACACAUUCUUUUAGGAAAUUUUGCACCUCAGAAAAAGGAACAAGUACAGCGAGACACACACACUUCAUCUUAUCUAAUCAACGCGGCGGCGCUGGCAGCGGUAGAUGAUAAAUUCGUUACCGGAACAACCCUCGUGAGCCUCUGGCGCGGGGUGUGUAAAUGAUGGUAAUAAAUCUUCCCAUUCUAUGACUUAUUAAUAUCUUAAAUUUUUCUUCACAACCCUCCACUAAUGGGCCAUUGAUGUGCGCGAAGAAGUGUCUUAAAAACCAACAUCGCACUCGCCAGCAAGGCACGACGGUAGCUACUUGCUUUGGUAACCUGUUUAAACCGGUAAUUGGGAAGCGUGUGUAAGCUCCGCAGCCAGCGUCUUAAA